GCGGGGAAUUCGCUCACCUCUACCUAUCCUUACCAUAUAAGCUUGAAAACCCCGCUCUUCUCAGCACAAUUAAGAAUUUGGCACGUUGUUGCAAGGGAAUCUCCCAACCGCAUGGCCGCGCUUGCUCAUCUCACUCGACAACUUACCAACAUGCAGGCAAAGCUCCUCCUCGCGUCGCUUGCGUUCGCCGCUUUCGCCGCCGCCGCCGACAAGUGCCCGACCGUGUGCAUCGACCUCUUUGACGAGGUCUGCGGCUCGGACGGCAAGACGUACGGAAACGAGUGCAAGCUCGACAUCGCCGCCUGCGCCGACCCGACCAUCAAACUCGUGAGCAAGGGCGCUUGCGGCGGCUCGCCGACGCAGGCCGGCUGCCCGAUCCGCGGCUGCAUCGAGAUCUUGUCGCCGGUCUGCGGCUCAGACGGCGUCAACUACGACAACGAGUGCUUCCUCCGCAUGGCCAAGUGCAAGAAGCCCGAGCUCACGCUCGUCUCCAACACGUCCUGCGAUGGGUCGACGCUAAACUCGACCAAGACGACGGCGCCGACCACGGUCGUCGCGACGCCGGUGGCGACGACGGCCACGCCCUCGACGGCGGCCCCCAAGGCGCCCAGCGCUGCUGUGAGCACAAACGUUCAGUGCGGUGUGCUCGCCCUUGUCGGCCUCGCUGUCUAUGCCACCGCGUAAUUGGUGCACCGUGUUAAUAUAAAGUCAAGCUUACUACUAUCCACUUAUCUACUAUUAACGUUAAUACAUGAAUGUCGACGAACUUGAGCACAACUUGUGCAGCCGACUCCAGCGCGUGGA